AGUGGCGGCAGCCGUCACCGAGGAGCCGGCAGCGGUCUUGAGCCGAGAUGACCUGAGGGCGAGACCAGACUCCUUUCCUCCCCCGACGCGGCUUCGCACGCUCCUGGGGCAUCCUGGGAAAGCCGGCACUGCGCCUUACAGUAUUGUGGGAGUCGUUACAGGCCUGGUGUAUCCCGGGAAGGACCGCCCUAAGUCCUUGUGGGGGUCCGGUCCCUUUGGUCGUGCGCCUUCCCCCGAGCGUCCUGGAGUCGGGAGUGCCUCGGUGUAGGGCGUCUUGAAGGGGCAAAAGAAGACAUUCCAGACGGCAACAGCAGGGUGCACCAAGUGCUUCAGAUGCGAUAAGACCUGCUGCGCACAGGGAGAACCUGGAGUUUGUAGCAGGGGUAGGCUUUGGGAGUAUUAUCAGUCACUGUUCAUGGAGUUUUUCUGCCACAUACCAGCAAUAUGUGAGUCUACCGAAUCUUCAAAAAAAUUUUGAGCCAUUAAAAUCAUUUUAUGAGAGGUAAGAUGACAUGGCUUCAAAUCCUAGUUAGACCACCUGCCAGGUGCUGUGACCUUGGACUACUCAUUUAUCCUCUACUUCACCUUCCUCAUCUGCACAAAGAAGAUAAUGUGUCGACAUGGUUUUGAGCAUCCCUCUCUACCUGCCAACAUCCUGUAUUAGAAGAAUUGGUGGCCGGAGGUGUGACUGGAGAGCUGGCCGGGGAGGGACGCUGCCCAGCUGCUGCUCUUCUCCUGUCUCCCGUCCCCUCCCCUGGCCAUGACAGAGACUCGGGAGCCAGCUGAGACUGGGGGCUACGCCAGCUUAGAAGACGAUGAUGAAGACCUCUCCCCAGGCCCUGAGCAUUCCUCUGACUCCGAAUAUACUCUCUCAGAGCCGGAUUCCGAAGAAGAAGAAGAUGAGGAGGAGGAGGAAGAGGAGACCACUGACGAUCCCGAAUAUGACCCGGGCUACAAGGUGAAGCAGCGCCUUGGUGGGGGCCGGGGAGGCCCGUCUCGCCGGCCUCCCCGUGCAGCCCAGCCCCCAGGUCCCCCAGCCCAGCCUUGCCAGCUCUGUGGCCGCUCACCACUUGGGGAGGCCCCACCGGGCACCCCACCUUGCCGGCUCUGCUGCCCUGCUACAGCCCCCCAGGAAGCACCAGCCCCUGAAGGCAGGGCCCUCAGGGAGGAAGAGGAGGAGCCACCUCGAGCUGGGGAGGGACGGCCAGCUGGGCGGGGGGAGGAGGAGGAAGAGGAGGAGGAGGAGGGCACUUACCACUGUACAGAGUGUGAGGACUCCUUUGACAACCUCGGCGAGCUGCAUGGCCACUUCAUGCUGCAUGCCCGGGGGGAGGUGUAGACAGAGCCCCCAACCUAGGGAGCUGGGCAGAAGGGGUGGGGCGGGAGGAGGGGGCUGAGGAAGUCAGCAUGGUCCCGGAAAUGGGGUACUGCUGAUCUGUGUUGUCUUAGUAGUAGAUGUGUGAAGGCCAGAAUAAAAUG